AUGUCUAACAUCUGGAUUGCCGCCUCAGACAACAACGUCGAUCUUGUGAAGCAGUUUCUUGCGUCGGGCGAUUUCUCUGCAAAUUCCAAAGACCCCAACGGAUACACGCCGAUCCACGCCGCCGUUAGCUACGGUAAUCUUGACCUGCUAAGAUAUUUGAUUUCCCAAGGAGGUGACAUCAACGUCCAGGAUUCGGACGGAGACACUCCUUUGCACCACGCGGAGUCUGUGGAGGUUGCCAAGGUGCUGGUUGAAGAACUGAAUGCAGAUUAUAAGCUGAAAAAUAACGAUGGUUUAACGCCUGCAAAAUACCAAGAAGAAGAGCAGGAGUUCCCUGAACUGAUUGAAUAUCUCUCGUCGUUGGAGAAACUCGGUCCCGUUUCGUCGAUGAAAACAGGAUCAUCGAUGUUUGACGAGAAUUUGCAGCUUCCAAAUGGCGAGAAAGUCAAGAUGUUUUUGGCAAAGGACUCCGACGAAGCACUCAACCAGGACCUGAUCCAAAGAAGACAGGAGAUCGAACAAAUCAUGAACCAGGACAUCACAGAAGAACAGAAAGACGAACAGCUUAAAAACCUCAUUUUGAACGUGGUAUCUGAUAACUUUCAGCAGCUCAAAGAACCGGAGGCUCCAGACUCCAAAAGACAGAAAUAA